ACAACGAAGAAGAAGUUGCUUAUCAUGUGAUGUUUAUUAAUUCUACGCGGGAAUCUGUUUCACUGCACAGAUGAAUCAAACGUUAUUUACGCCAGCAAUUGCAUUUAAUUCAUGUGAAAGUAACAGUUACGUUCAGAUGUCCGUCUGGCUGUAAGAAUAACGUCAUCAGUUUCUGGACGAAGUUCAUCUUUUAGAGCAGCUUUACAGUGGUGUGAGAUGCUUAAAGUUUUUGAAUGAGUGUUAUGCUUUUCUGCAAAGAACAAAACGCCUUCAGUCGUUUUAUUCACAUACGUCUACAAUGAUGAAGUGCAAAUCCAGCCGAUCAUCUAUGGUCAGUGGAGUUCAAUCAAACAUUUCUUCCUUUUUCCUCUCAAAGGUAGCGGUAAAGUCACCUAAAAAAUGUGAAGUAGGAAUUACAAGAUCCCCUGUUUCUUUAAAGACUGGGUUUGUGAAGGACGAAAAUGUUCCCUGCUCCCCAAACCCAUCUGCUGUCCCAGAGACGCCUGACAGUCUGAGAAUCGAGAGGCCUUCAGACACUUCAUUUGAGAAACGCUCACCUGUUUCACGUGGUCUACAUACUAAAGGAGUCAGGGGUAAACCUAGCCUGAAUGCACGAAAGCUGUUUCAGCCACAGAAAAACAGCAGUUUAGAGUCAGAGGACACUUUUGAGUUCAAGAAUGGCGUAAGUCACUCAGGCUCCGUAAAGAGGUUGUUGCACAGCACUGAAAACAUACAGAGUGCCAAGAAGUCCAGGACUACUCAAGAUCAGAAAAUAACUGAUUGUGGCCCAAGCUCAGCAACGGCCAGUCAAAAUAAAUUUUCUGAAACAUUGCAAAAAGCUUUCUCUAAGAGUCCUGAGAAAAAAAUCAAAACUGAGUCUGUGAGUUUGGAGGGUAGCCGACUGAAGGCUGGACCUUGUUUGAAAAUGAAUGAAAAAUUAAAUGGUUUCUCAAAAGACUCAGGAAGAUCCUCUCAUCAUCUGAGCUUUAGUACUAGUGAGAAGGAGAAUUCACCUACUUGUAAUGUAAAGUCAGAGGCAGACAUGGGUGCCGUUUCUGGAACAAAUGACUUUGAUCUUGUGAUGUCGUAUAGUUCUUGGAUACAAAAUGGAUCUACUGAAGAAAAAGGUACUUUUCUUAACUGUCCAAUUGCUAAGAAGAGGCCCUUAAAUACAUCUGAGCUGCAAGUGAAAGAACAAAUUACUGAUGGAAAGACUUUGCCUGUACCAUUUGAGGACGAUUUUGCCGAUUUGAUGGACGAUUGGUUUGAUGAAGGGAUGGAGCAAAAAUCUGAGGCACCAAAACCCAAGAAGUUCAGUCAUGAAAAAAACAAAGGCAUACCUGAGCAUGUUGUGCUGGCCUCUGGUGUUCAUAACCGAUAUUGGGUGCUGGAUGUGCAGGACGUUACCUCGUCAAGAAGCUGCUCAGAGAAGCACUUGACCAUCACUUGCUCAAAGACGAGUCAGGCCACAGAGACCUGCAUUCUCAAAGAUGGCUGGGAAAGUACUCUGGUAACUGUAGGGGACAUUAUUCACUUGGAAGGGAAGUGUGUUUCCGGCUUGUGGACAAUUGAUAGAGACUCUGCUUUUCUGAUUCUUCUGCCUGACCUGCUGAUAUCUGGGACCAGCAUUGCCAGCAGCAUUCGCUGUAUGAGGCGAGGGGUGCUGGGAGAGAUGUUCAAGGCAUUUGAUGGUGGAUCCAAGCAGAUGUUAAAUGGUACAAUAGUUCAUGAUAUCUUUCAAAAAGCAGCCAUGUCCUCAGAUUUCUCCUCAGAGAAGAUACAGACAUUUGCCACGGAGGCCUUAAGAAGCCCCAACUACCUCGGACAAAUGUACAGUCUAAAGCUGACUCAGGCUGACAUGAGACAGGAAGUUGAAGAAUAUCUUCCCUCUAUAUCUGAAUGGGCAAAACAAUACCUCCACACUUCCCCACAGGCAGGACAAAAACAGCUGACUCUAAAACUCCCUAGUGAUGGGGCUCUGAGCAAACAAGAUGCUUCCAGUAGCGUGAUGGUUACUGAUUUUGUGGACAUUGAGGAGAACAUUUGGUGUCCACGUUUUGGUCUGAAGGGAAAGAUUGAUGUCACAGCUGGAGUUAAGAUUCACCGGAGAGGCAGGAAGCCCAUGGAAAGAAUUGUGCCACUGGAGCUGAAAACUGGCAAAGAGUCUAACUCCAUUGAGCAUCGCAGUCAGGUUAUUCUGUACACACUGAUGAGCUCAGCUAGACGUUGUGAUCCAGAGGCAGGUUUCCUUGUCUACUUGAAGACUGGCAGUCUACAUCCUGUUGUGGGCAAUCACAUGGACAGGAGAGAGCUGAUUAAAAUAAGGAACUCAUUGGCCCAUCACAUUGGCAACAACCUGAUCAAGGUGGAUGGGAAAAGUCAAAUGGCCCAAUUGCCUGCCAUUGUAUCUGACCAGCAAACUUGCAAAUAUUGUCCUCAGAAAAGGAACUGUGCAAUUUACAACAGAGCUGUGGAGAGAGAUCCUGUGGAGAAGUGCAGUGAAAAUCCACAGGCCUUUGUGCAGUCAGAGAGUGAACACCUCAGUCAGGUGCACCUCCAGUACUUUAGCCACUGGCUGCUGCUCUGCUCACUGGAGGCUCUCACCAUGGAGAAAAAAGGAGGUCGGCGUAAUAUCUGGCUUCAGACUGCUCAACAGAGGGAGAAAAUUGGUGGCUGUGCGGGUAACAUGCGGUUAGCUGGAGGCGUUAGCAUUCUGUCUGAUGGUGUUUACAAGCACAGCUUUGAGAGGAAGGAGGGCGAGCAGACUCUUACUGGCCUGAUAGUGGGUGAUAGGAUUGUUGUCAGUGAUCAGGACUCUGUGCUCAUUGGCCUGUCCACCGGAUACGUCACAGAAAUUGCAGUUAACCGAGUUACUUGCUCGCUGGACAAAAACCUUUCCAAGUAUUCCUCAAACACUGUUUUCCGACUGGACCAGGAUGAAGGUGCAGGUGGUCUUAGCACUCAUCUCGGAAACCUUUCUAUGUUAAUGGAAAACACUCCAACAAGUGAAAGACUGAGAGAGUUGAUUGUGGAAUUCAGGCCUCCUCAGUUCAUUGACAGCCUCAGCAGUGUUUUGCCACGAGAUGCCAAGGACAUUGUGGCCAACAUUCUGAAAGGACUCAACAAACCCCAGAAACAAGCAAUGAAAAAAGUGCUUCUGUCUAAAGAUUACACGCUUAUUGUGGGAAUGCCGGGUACUGGGAAAACUACCACCAUCUGUACACUGGUGCGAAUUCUCCAUGCUUGUGGCUUCAGUGUUCUUCUGACUAGCUACACCCACUCUGCUGUGGACAACAUCCUGCUGAAACUGAAGAGGUUUAAGAUCGGCUUUCUGAGACUGGGUCGACCUCAAAAAGUCCAUCAUGAGAUCCUGCCUUUCACAGAGGAGGCAUGCCGUGCCAAAGGCAUCCAAACUCUAGAGGAGCUGGAACAACUGUACAGCAGAGAGCUGAUUGUGGCCACGACUUGUAUGGGUGUUAAACACCCAAUUUUCAGCCGCAGGCGCUUUGACUUCUGCAUCGUUGAUGAGGCGUCUCAGAUCAGUCAGCCUGUGUGUAUAGGUCCACUGUUCUACGCCCAGCGCUUUGUCUUGGUGGGAGACCAUCAACAGCUUCCUCCUAUUGUGCAGAAUGCUGAGGCCAGGUCCUUGGGCAUGGAUGAGAGUUUGUUCAAACGUCUGGAACACCACAGGGAUGCUGUUGUUCAGCUGAAUGUGCAGUACAGGAUGAACAGUGCGAUCAUGUCUCUCAGCAAUGCUCUGAUGUAUGAGGGCCGGCUGGAGUGUGGCUCUGAGAAGACGGCAAACGCAGUGCUUCAGCUGCCCAGUAGAGCUCAGGCAGAGGAGGAGCUGGAGCUGUACGUGUGUCAGCCGCAGUACAGUGCUUGGGUCCAGGCCGCACUGGAGCCCAACAGUCCUGUCUGUUUCCUGGACACCUCUGAGGUUGCAGCCCCUGAAACUGUGGAGAAAAGUGGGAUCAGUAAUCACACUGAAGCUGUUUUAGUACAAGGCCUUGUUACUCUGCUGCUUAAGGCUGGAUGCAGAGCAUGUGAUAUUGGGGUCAUCGCUCCGUAUCGACAACAGCUGAAAGUUAUCUCCAGUCUGCUUCAGGGAGACGCCUUUAAAGCACUUGAAGUCAACACUGUGGACAAAUACCAAGGACGUGACAAGAGCGUCAUCAUCGUGUCUUUUGUUAGAAGUAAUGCUGAAGGCAACCUGGGAGAGUUGCUCCAGGACUGGCGUAGGCUGAAUGUGGCCAUCACUAGAGCCAAACACAAGCUCCUCAUGCUGGGCUCUGCCCCCACUCUUCGCCGGUACGCACCGCUGGAGAAACUUCUCUGCCACCUUCAGCAGGAAGAUAUGAUCUUCCAGCUACCUCCUGCUGCACACGAGGGACUACCUGGAGUCAUCUUCUGAUAAAAAUAAAAACCUCUUGUAAACUGUGUGCUACAUCACAAAGAUAAUGCUGUGAACAGUUACUUGAAAAAAACACUUAAGUAAAAUAAUACAUACGAUUCAGAUAACUGUACUGUACUGUUAAUAUAGUUGCCUUCAUGACUGAAUAGCGAAAUUAAUUUCUACCUCAUGUCACAUUUUUAAAGUCAUUAUAGUUUUAUCCAUGUAGUGUCUAGACCGUUUUGAACAUGUGCAUUUUAUAUAUACAGAAAUAUAUAAAUGUAAGUAUUUAUAUUUGUUUUUCUUACAUUUUUCAGAAUUUUAAGGUUUUGUUUAAUAAAAUAUUUCACCAAU